AGUGGUAAGUAUUCCCGCCUGUCACGCGGGUGACCCGGGUUCGAUCCCCGGCAACGGCGAAUUUUUUCCAAAAUUCCAUUCAAAGCGAUUUUUCUUCCUCCAAACCGAACCCUAAUUGUGUUUUUUUAAUCGUUACACGAAAAUUAGGAUUUUCAUUUCUGAAUGAUGAACGUUGCAACUUGUUCGAUGUUACGGUUCCAUUUUCCAAUCUGGAACUUCACAAAACCCAUAAUCUCUACGCGUUUCAAUAUGCGUUUGUUAUCUGUUCGAAAUUCCUCCGCUUCAUCCAUAGCCACCACCGCCACUGAACCCUCAAAGUCGAAGCAGAAUGAACCCUGGUUAAUCGUCGGCCUCGGUAAUCCCGGUAAAAAGUACGCUGCUACGCGCCACAAUGUGGGAUUUGAGAUGGUUGAUGCUAUUGCUGAAGCUGAAGGGAUUUCUAUGAGUAGCGUUUCCUUCAAAGCUCUAUUUGGAAAAGGUUUUAUAGGCGAUGUACCAGUGUUACUUGCAAAACCACAGACUUUUAUGAAUGCAAGUGGUGAAUCUGUUGGGGCCAUAGUUUCUUAUUACAAGAUCCCAUUGAAGCAAGUAAUUGUGAUCUUUGACGACAUGGAUUUGCCUUUUGCUAAACUGCGGCUUCUACCAAAGGGUGGACAUGGAGGUCACAAUGGAAUGAAAAGUGUUAUUAAUCACUUAAAAGGGAACUCUGGUUUUCCUCGCUUAAGAAUUGGUAUUGGACGACCUCCAGGGAAAAUGGAUCCUGUGUCAUUCGUUCUUCGACAAUUCACUAAACAGGAAAGGGAAGAACUGAAUUUUACCUUACAACAUGGAUUAGAAGCCAUGCGGAUAAUUUUGUUGGAGGGAUUUGAUAAAGGCGCAAAAUUUGUUAAUACUGCCAAAAAGAUUGAGCAAAUAGGCUGAGAGACCGCUCACUUUGGACAUCCUUUUGACAACUACAAGCAAACAGGUCUCUCUUAAAAGGACACACAAGUUAUAACUUAAGCACUAAACUCAUUCAAGCCUCCAUUCAUUCAAAAGAACUAUGUUUGAGCAAGUAAAUAGCAUUCAUCCAUUCUUUCAGAAAGCAGUUCAGAUCCCAGUAAAGUGAAUUCGAACCUAAUGCUUAGAAUCAUCAAGUACUUGUAAGCUGUAACUAUACAUACUCAGUUGAGUAAUGAUGAAUGAUUAGUUCUUUGAGUUGUUCAUUUUCAUCACUUUUGGGUCGAUAGGCCUAUUGUACACUUUUAUAUAAUAUAUAUAAUAAGAAUGAUAAAAGGAGAGUUUUGGAUGUUGUA